CCUUCGAUGUUAAUUGGUUUUGAGAUAAACUCAUGUAUUCGUUUAUAUGGACCUUCAAGAUAUGGACAAAUAAAUCAUCCUUUCGUCAUUAAGAACGUGAUUCCGUUUAGGGAAAAAAAUCUCCUCUCUUUAAGCCUCCUCCUCCUCCUCUCCUAUGGCCGGCGAUCCACUGCAGGCCAUAGGCCCUAUGUCACCACCUAAACCUCCACAAAAGCUUUCCUUUGCCCAGAUUUUGGGAUCUAAGGCAAAUCCAAAAACUAUCCACAAUACCUCAACCAAAAAUCAAAUUCUAAAUCAACCCGAGAUAUAUUCAGAACCAACAAAUCUCCUCUUGUUUUUGGCAUGAUCAAUCAUCGACAUGUCCUCAUUUGCUUCUAUUUGGCGGAAAACUUUCAUUGAUGUUGGCUGAAAGGUUUGUGGAUUUUUGACACGCAUCGGACGCGAGUUCUACAAUGGACCACAGACUUUAAUCCAUCGCAUGAAAGUUUAAUUGUUACAAUUUGGGUUUCUUUUGGAGGUCUCCUCAUUCAUCGCUUUAACGAGGAAUAUCUGUGGAAACUUGCUAGCAUCAUCAAGGAUAGAUCUUUUGGAGGUCUCCUCAUUCAUCGCUUUAACGAGGAAUAUCUGUGGAAACUUGAUGUUCCGACUCUCAAUAUGUCGCGACCUUCGGUGGGACUUGUUUGCGUAGAGAUAGAUCUUCUCAAGGAUCAUCCUAUUCGAAUCAGACUGGAAGUUAAGGUAAUUCUUACUUUCAAUCAGUUUUUGAUGAAAACAUGCCUCAGUAUUAUGGUGAAUCGAAAAAGAUAGGCAUGAUAUCCACUCCUGCCAUCAUAGCAAAGCCAUAUCUUCAUCACAAAAGAUGGUUUCACAUCAUCAAAAACAACAACCAAAACAGCAAUCACAGACAUUGGACAAAGCACACCAAUCGGCAACUCAAUCUGUGGAAACGGAUAAUCAACACCCUCUUCAAACCGUGGCUCCUGACAACGUUGUUAUGUUGAAUGAUCAUAGGGCAACCGCUAUCGUUGUUGCUGCCCCAAUUGAGGAAGGCAAAUCAUCUCAUCAACAACAUCCAACAAAGGCUAUCGCUGCUGCUGCAUCUUCGAUUGCUGCACCAACAGAAGCCUCCAGUAGAGGUCCAUCGCAACAGCAAGAAUCGCAGCCUUCAAACCAUCACUCAAAAAAUCAAAAACAAGGAAAUCAAUCAAAUCCAACGCCCUCUGAUGUUGUUAAACUCCCGUCGUUGUUAGUUGCUGCUACCGGGAAUCAGGUUCCGUCGGGCAUUGCCGCCGGAGACCUCAUACAUUCUAGCGUUGCGCAGCCACCUCCAAAGUUGCAAGCAACCCCUGUCGCACAACCAGAAGGCCUCCAAAGUUGCACAAUCUCUAUGGACUAGACAGACACCGAUGACAUCGCCGCUGCUAAUGAACACAUCCCACUCUCUUCGAUUGUGGUGCACCAGACCAUCGCAGUGAGCCAGGCCCUCGUUGCGACCCACACCCCUGAUGAUACUGAAACCCUUGCUCCCGCCGCUGCACCGGAGAAUAUGGAAAACUGGCAUGAGUCAAUGGUGGCUCAUAAAUUUGGGGGGUCUUCGAUGAUUUCG